AUGAAGAGCGUCCGUCUUCCCGGGGCCCGCGGAGCCUUCCUGCGCCCUCGAGGGAGUCAACCGCGGUCUCCGCUCCCCCAGCUCACACCGUUGAUGCUCUCUUCACCGUCCAGCUCCGUAAACCAGCAACAAUCACGACAACAUCAACCACAGCCACAACAACAACAAACCCAAUCCCGCCGCUAUGCCAGCUCCAUCUCCCAACGGCCCGACUCGGCCCACGUGAUGUUCCCCGGCGCCCUCAAGUCCGCCUUCAGCAACACCAUGCGUUUCGAGCAGCCGCAAGAGUACCCAGCCCUACCCACCUACCGCGUGGUCGAUCAGCAUGGCGUCGUCGUCGACCCCAACUUCGAGCCCGACCUCAGCGACGAGGAGGUCGUCAAGCUGUACCGCGACAUGCUGACGGUGUCAAUCAUGGACCUGAUCAUGUUUGACGCGCAGCGACAGGGCCGGCUGAGCUUUUACAUGGUGUCGGCGGGCGAGGAAGCGGUGUCGGUGGCUACGGCUUCCGCGCUGGAGAAGGAGGAUGUGGUGUUUUGUCAGUACCGUGAGCAGGGAGUGUUUAAGCAGCGUGGGUUUACGCUGUCGGACUUUAUGGGGCAGUUGUUUGCGAACCAUAAGGAUCCUGGGAAGGGGAGGAACAUGCCUGUGCAUUAUGGUAGCAAGGAACUGAAUAUCCACUCCAUUUCCUCCCCCCUUGCGACACAGCUCCCGCAGGCGUCCGGCGCAGCAUACGCGCUCAAGAUCCAACGGAUGCAAGACCCCAGCAUCCCACCACGCGUGGUAGCCGCCUACUUCGGCGAAGGCGCAGCAAGCGAAGGCGACUUCCACGCGGCGCUCAACAUCGCCGCAACCCGGUCAUGCCCGGUGAUCUUCGUCUGCCGCAACAACGGCUACGCCAUCUCGACGCCGACCCUCGAGCAGUACCGCGGCGACGGUAUUGCCAGCCGCGGUCUCGGGUACGGCAUCGAGACGAUCCGCGUGGAUGGCAACGACUUUUGGGCGGUGCGCGAGGCGAUGAAGAAGGCGCGCGAGAUUGCCCUGCAGGAUGGCGGCCGGCCGGUCCUGAUCGAGGCUAUGACGUACCGCGUGAGUCACCAUAGCACGUCGGAUGACUCGUUUGCGUACCGCGCGCGCGUGGAGGUGGAGGACUGGAAGAGGCGUGAUAACCCGAUCGCACGGCUGCGCAAGUGGAUGGAGGCUAAGGGGUGCUGGGAUGAGAACAUGGAGAAGGAGGCGCGGGAAAGUAUCCGGCGGGAUGUGCUCAAGGCGUUUUCUGAGGCUGAGCGCGAGAAGAAGCCGCCGAUUCGGACGAUGUUUGAGGAUGUGUAUGAGGAAUUGACGCCGGAUCUGAGGCAGCAGAUGAGGGAACUGAAGAGUCAGUUGGACAGAUACCCUGAGGAGUAUGAACUGGGUGAAUUUGAGGGGGGGAAGGAUAGCCUAGACAAGUAG